AUGUCAUCUCAGUCUUCAUCGUCGGCUGCAGCCUCGACCUUGACCCGUCCUCGAGUAGCCAUCGCCAUCGUGUCAACGCUCUCCGCGAUUGCCCUUGGCUACUACACGUAUGUCCAGUCGAGCGCGACUGACUCAGCAUCACCUCCGACUGGCUCAGGACUCCAUCGUAGCAAUGCUGUCCGCCGUAAUAGGCACAGCCAGCAUCACGAAGAUGACAUCGAGGAGCCCGAGUCUCCCGGCAGUGGGCGGCACGCCGCGGCAACAGACGAAAACUUAGACCUCGGCAAUCAACUUGCGAUUCGCGAAACGAUCGAGCUUGCCGACGAUCAGAACAACGAGGAAUGGUACACGGACGGUGCCAGGGAGCCCAGGCAACGCAGCGGCGAGAACAUUGUCACGCUCCUCUUCCGCGUCUCUGAGGACAACGCGCGGCGCAACGCGUAUGUCCACCGGGGCUGCCAGUGCAAUGGCUGCGGCAUGGUUCCCAUUCGUGGCAUCCGUUACCGCUGCGCGAAUUGCGCAGACUUCGACCUGUGUGAGGCGUGCGAAUCUCAGUCCUUGCACAACAAGACACAUGUGUUUUACAAGGUCAAAAUCCCUGCGCCGCCUUUCGGACCUCGACAAAUCCAGCCAGUUUGGUACCCUGGUGAUCCCGAUACUGCACUGCGGCAGCUGCCUAGGUUCCUCCUCACCAAAUGGUCGGCGGAGACGGGGUUUGAGCGGGUAGAGCUGGAUGCCUUGUGGGAGCAGUGGACUUUCAUGGCAAACAACGAGUGGCGCGAUGAUCCGAACGGCUUGUGUCUCGCUAUGGAUCGCAAGACGUUUGAGCGGUGCUUGGUUCCUUCGGGAGGCUAUCGGCACGCUACACCCAACCUCAUCCACGACCGCAUGUUCGCAUUCUACGACACGAAUAACGAUGAUCUUAUUGGUUUUGAAGAGUUUCUCCACGGCGUCUCGUACAGGAAGAGAAAGGACAAGCUCAGACGAACAUUUGACGGUUACGACAUUGACGGUGAUGGAUACGUCGACAGGCGCGACUUUCUACGCAUGUUCCGCGCGUACUAUGUGCUCUACAAGCAGAUGCAUAGAGAUAUCCUAGAAGGUCUUGAUGACCAUAUGAUGACGACCAUCGAGGCACAGCAGCUCAUCAACAGCCGCCAGCCGUUGAGCAGUCUUUUCGGCAGAGAGGGCCGUGUUCCCCCCGCUGAACACUCGCGCCCUAUGCAUGGCAAGAUCUUCCACUCGAACGGGGACGUCCGCAUUAAUGACGAUAGAGGAGUUGUUCAUGGGGACACUCCAGAUGUUUCUGGACGGCAGGAGAUUCUGAACAAUUUGUUUACCCGCCACAGUCACCAGGGCAUGUUCACAGAAUCUUUCAGCUCGACACGCAGGCCUGGUCCACUGAAUGGCGACAGUCGGUACUGGUCUGGCAUAAUCAACCCACCGCAAAACCUAGUUGACUUGUCGUCUUUGAUCUCGGGCGACUAUCCGCAGCUCGAUGCAAUUCUCGAUUCCGUGCGACAAGAGCACCAGGCCAUCGUGGAUCAAGCCCAGCAGCAGUCAACCUCGUCAGAUGAGGACGAGGACCGCACAUCUGAUGAACAACAAGAAAAUGGCGACGCGAGUGAGAGAGACGAUACUCGGGAAUUCUCACAGGAGAACGGCGCAGCUCGAGCCAUCCCCGAUCCAGCGCUUUUCACCAAUACGCUGCCGACAGAAAGCCAACUGCGAGCUCAGCACCAAGCCAUCUCGGCACACAGCAGUCGUCAUCGAAUGGGACAUGAGAGACGGCAGCGGACGCAAGCUAGACGGCAGCUCCUGGAUAGAUGGCGUCGUCGGCAUUUCUACCUUGACGAAGAAGAAGGCGCGACUCCCCCACAGGGCUGGAUUCAGGAUCAGGACGUCUUUGCCGAAAUGGCAAUCAAUGGCGGAGCACGCUCGGACAGCGGUGCCUCCAAAAGAACAACACGCAGGCGCGGAUCGUCCGGCGUGCCAGAGGCAGAGAAGGAUGCCGGCAAGGAAAUCCUAUACCAAGUCACCCAGCAGGCGUUCAAUGAAUUGCUGGAUGAACUUUUCAAAAGAAAAGAGGACCUCGCGGUUCGCGCUGCGGAGACGCGGGAGCAGAGAGCCAAGUACCGCUCGCUGCUCGAAGCUAUCGAGCUGGGCGACGAGAACCAUCACGCCAUGAGACAAAAGUCUCCCAUUCCUUCCGCGACAAGACCGCCACUAAGCAGCCUGAACAACAAUCGGCCUAUUCGCGAGCAGAGCCUCGAGGAACUCCUGCAGAGGAGUGGAUACACAGUGACCGACUCGGCUGACGAAGAGCACGAGGCGGAUGGCGACCAAGACCUUCAGGACUAUGGUAGACAACCACAAAGCCAAAUCAACGGUCAUGAUGGCCCACAAUCUGUCGUUUCAGGCACGGAAUCCGCUACGGCUGGAGGUGCGAGCUGCGUCGAGCAGACCACAACGGCCGGCCCACUUGCCAGCUUUCUGGGAUCCUACAAUGCCUCAAUUCAGGCCGAAUACCCUAUCCCGAAUGCAGGGGGAACUCCGGAGCACAUUACCACGAGCACAACGCCGUCUUCGGAAGAGCAGACCUCGGGCAGCGGGUCAUCUUCACAUCCUCAGAGUCGCGACGCUGGCCCGGAUAGCGGGCCGCACCCGGAGUCGGCUCCGGAUGCCCAAAUUGACCACAACACCUUGGUUGCAUGGAAGCGGCUGGAUAUGGCCGAGGAUGAAGCCCGAGAGCGGGGCGGCUGGGGCAGGCUGAGCUACGAGGAGUUUGAGGAGAUAUACCGGGAGCACGAGUUUGCCGACGGCGGGCGCAACCGGCUCGACUACCUGGGUAGCUGGAUAGACUUUUGCAUUCCUUGA